CGAUAUUAUCCGUGGGACUUCCUUGUGGUGGUGGUGGUGUGGGCGAGAAAGCGCGGGUGAGCGAUGAUCCACUACACUUGCCCGAGCUCCACUUCAACAACGCGAGCAUGAUGCAGGCGUCAUCCGAUCCUCUUCAGUCCAUAAAUAUCUCCCAUUCAUUGGUCUUUCUUUUCCUUUGGUUUUUCUGGGAAGUAAUCCGUCGCCCAUGGCAAUGGCGACCAAGAUCGGCGCUGCACCGGUGCAUUUCCUGCCCAAUCGCGCGUCCCUGGCUUUGCCACAGCAUGUGGGGCUGGAUUUUCAUCGACGGGGAAAUGGUUUUCGGCGGGCCCGUAGACUUGAGGUGACAUCGAUGAAAAUGGCGGAGAGAGGCGAACAAGCCGCUGAGUUUGGCUUCAACAAUGGUCCUAUCAAUUUGUCUGGUACACUGAAUGAGACGCAAACAGUUGCAGCCUCCAAUCCUCGACGUAAAACAAAGAUAGUUUGCACAAUUGGACCGGCAUGCAAUACACGUGACAUGAUAUGGAAACUUGCAGAAGCAGGAAUGAAUGUUGCAAGGCUCAAUAUGUCUCAUGGAGAUCAUGAAUCACAUCAGAAGAUCAUUGAUUUGGUCAAGGAGUAUAAUGCUCAGUCAAAGGAUAAUGUUAUCUCCAUAAUGCUAGAUACGAAGGGUCCUGAGGUCAGAAGUGGAGAUGUGAGCCAACCAAUCUUACUCAAGGAGGGUCAGGACUUCAACUUUACUAUCAAAAGAGGAGUUAGUUUGGAAGAUACUGUUAGUGUCAAUUAUGAUGGUUUUGUGAGUGAUGUUGAAGUUGGCGACAUUCUUUUGGUUGAUGGAGGAAUGAUGUCAUUAGCUGUAUUGUCAAAAACUGUUGACACUGUUAAAUGCCAAGUAAUAGAUGGUGGAGAAUUGAAGUCAAGACGUCAUCUGAAUGUGAGGGGGAAAAGUGCUAGACUUCCAUCAAUUACAGACAAGGAUUGGGAGGACAUCAAAUUUGGGGUGGAGAAUGAAGUUGAUUUUUAUGCAGUUUCGUUUGUUAAGGAUUCUAAAGUGAUACAUGAGCUUAAAGACUACCUUAAAAGACAGAAUGCUGACAUACAUGUGAUCCCAAAAAUAGAAAGUGCUGACUCGAUUCCAAAUCUUCAGUCAAUAAUUUCUGCCUCAGAUGGGGCAAUGGUGGCUCGUGGAGACCUUGGUGCUGAACUUCCUAUUGAGGAUGUUCCCUUAUUGCAGGAGGAUAUAAUCAGAAAGUGUAGAUGUAUGGAGAAGCCAGUGAUUGUAGCCACAAAUAUGUUAGAGAGUAUGAUAAAUCAUCCAACGCCAACUAGAGCAGAAGUUUCGGACAUAGCAAUUGCUGUUCGAGAAGGUGCGGAUGCAAUAAUGCUAUCUGGUGAAACUGCACAUGGGAAGUAUCCAGUGAAAGCUGUCAAAGUAAUGCAUACUGUGGCACUAAAGACUGAAUCAACCAGUAUGGUGCACCAACUUCCUGCUACUUUUGCUCUGGUAAUGGACGGGAUGGAGUUUUCUCAAAGUCAAAUGAGUGCUAUGUUUGCUUCACAUGCCACAACAAUGGCAAACACUCUUGGCACAGCUCUCAUUGUUUUCACGCAAACUGGUUCCAUGGCUAUGCUUCUAAGCCACUAUCGGCCUUGCUCAACUAUAUUUGCAUUCACUAAUCAGGAAAAAAUAAAGAAGAGGCUAACACUCUAUCACGGGGUGAUGCCUAUAUAUAUGCAGUUCUCUGCUGAUGCAGAAGAAACCUUCUCCAGAGCCCUUAAUGUCCUCUUGAGUCAUGGACAACUGAAGGAUGGAGAAGAUGUCACACUGGUUCAGAGUGGAGUGCACUCAAUCUGGAGACGAAAGUCAACACACCACAUUCAAGUUCGAAAAGUUUAAGCUUGAUUAGAUCGGAGUCUUCAUGAUUCUUUUAAUUAUGUAGAUAAAUUCUCGGUGAAACAUAUUGCAGCUAAAUUGGAUCCUUGAAACUAUUAGCAAAGUCAUCUGUAAAUAAUAUUGUUGUUAAUUUUACUGAUCACAUGUUAAGUUCUAUUUUAAGGGGGUAAAUUGUAAAUCAAGUCAAAUAAUUUUUUUCCCCUUUUGUGA